GGCGGCCUGUCAGAGCCGGGCGGGCGUCGGGGCCUGGCGGGCGCUAAAUGGCGGCGGAGGGAGGCGGGGCGGCCGUCGCGCUCAGCCCCGCGUUCCCGAAACUUUAGCCUCGCCGCCCCGCAACUUUCCGGGCAAGCGCCGGCGCUCGGGGGCCGCGGGCGGCCGGGGAAGCCGAGGCGGCGCGGAGGGGGCCGGGCAGACUCGAACCCGCGGCGGAGCGGGCACCGGGCCACUGAAGCCGCGCGCGCCCCGCGGCCGCCGAGCCCGGCCGCGCCCCCCUCUCGCCCUCGGGCCCCCUCCCCUCCUCUGCCCCGGCCCCUCCGGGCCCCCCGCCCGGGUUCCCCCUCCCGGACCUCCCCUCCCGGCAGCUCGCUGCGGGGAGGAGGCCGCGCGCAGCCCCGGGCCGGCGGUGCAUGCGGGCGGGCGGCGGCCUUGAGCCGGCGCGAACAUGGAAGGCUUGACGCUGAGCGAUGCGGAGCAGAAAUACUACUUGGAUCUCUUCUCCUACUGCGACAUCGAGAGCACCCAGAAGGUGGCGGCCAACGGGCGCGUGCUCGAGCUGUUCCGGGCCGCGCAGCUGCCCAACGACGUGGUCCCGCAGAUUAUGGAGCUUUGCGGUGCAAAAAGACUUGGUUAUUUUGGAAGAAGUCAGUUCUAUAUUGCUUUGAAACUUGUAGCUGUUGCCCAAUCUGGGUUCCCUUUAAGAGUGGAAAGUAUAAAUUCAGUAAAGGACCUUCCUCUGCCAAGAUUUGUAACUUCAAAGAAUGAACAGGAAUCUCGCCAUGCGGCCUCAUAUUCUUCAGAUUCUGAAAACCCGGGGUCUUACUCUGGUGUGAUUCCUCCCCCACCCGGCCGCGGACAAGUGAAAAAGGGACCCCUGAGCCACGACGCCGGCCCACCUCGCGCAGCUGCGGAGCAACAGGAACCUGCAUCCCCGGUCGUCUCGCCCCAGCAGUCCCCGCCGGCCUCUCCACACACAUGGCGGAAACACAGCCGCCACCCCAGCGGGGGCAACAGCGAGAGGCCCCUCGCGGGGCCCGGGCCCGGGCCAUUUUGGUCUCCCUUUGGUGAAGCACAAUCAGGUCCUCCUGCUGGCGAUGCCGCGUGGUCAGGGCGCUCCCCACCUCCACCUCAAGAAAACUGGGUCAGUUUUGCAGAUACUCCACCAACCAGUACUCUUUUAGCCAUGCAUCCUGCUUCUGUCCAGGACCAGACAACAGUACGAACUGUAGCCUCAGCUACAACUGCCAAUGAAAUUCGUAGGCAAUCCAGUAGUUACGAUGAUCCCUGGAAAAUAACAGACGAGCAAAGACAGUAUUAUGUAAAUCAGUUUAAAACCAUUCAGCCUGAUCUAAACGGAUUUAUUCCAGGAUCUGCAGCUAAAGAGUUUUUUACAAAAUCAAAACUUCCUAUUCUUGAACUUUCUCAUAUUUGGGAGCUCUCAGACUUUGAUAAAGAUGGUGCACUGACACUGGAUGAGUUUUGUGCUGCUUUUCAUCUGGUAGUUGCUCGGAAAAAUGGCUACGACUUACCUGAAAAACUCCCUGAAAGCUUAAUGCCCAAACUGAUUGAUUUGGAAGAUUCUGCAGGUGUUGGGGAUCAGCCAGGUGAGGUAGGUUAUUCAGGCUCUCCUGCAGAAGCACCUCCCAGCAAGUCGCCAUCAAUGCCAUCACUGAACCAGACUUGGCCGGAGCUGAAUCAGAGCAGUGAGCAGUGGGAGACAUUUAGCGAACGCUCUUCAAGCUCACAAACUCUGACCCAAUUUGAUUCUAACAUUGCACCAGCUGAUCCUGAUACUGCUAUCGUUCAUCCGGUUCCCAUUCGAAUGACUCCAAGCAAAAUCCACAUGCAGGAAAUGGAGCUUAAAAGAACCGGCAGUGAUCAUACUAAUCCCACUAGCCCAUUACUUGUGAAACCUCCUGACCUCUCAGAAGAUAAUAAGAUAAAUUCAUCAGUGAAAUUUCCUUCUGGAAAUACUGUAGAUGGUUACAGUAGUUCAGACUCGUACACUUCUGACCCAGAACAGAUCGGGAACAACGUAACUCGUCAAAGGUCUCACUCGGGAGCGUCGCCCGACAGCACGGCCCCCCCGCCGCCCCCUCCGCGGCCUCAGCCCUCCCAUUCCAGAUCCUCGUCCCUUGACAUGAACCGGGCCUUCGCGGUCACCACAGCACAACCGCAGGCUGGAGCCGUCACCCACCCUCCUGCAGUGCCUCCAAGGCCACAGCCCUCCCAGGCGCCGGGUGCCGCCGUGCACCGCCCCGGGGACGCCGACGGCCUGCUGGCCCACACGAGCACCUCUCCGCAGCAGAUCCCGGAGCAGCCCAACUUUGCGGAUUUCAGCCAGUUCGAAGUAUUUGCCGCAUCCAGUGUGAAAGAAGAGCACAGUGAUGACGCUGAGCAGCAUCCCGAGGUCCUGCCGGUUGAGAAGUCUUCUGAUCCUGCAAGUUCUCUUCGAGUUGCCAAAAUGGAAAAUAAAAUGGAAGAAAAGACGGCUGCUGGCGCACCCGCCAAUGUGAGCAAAGGCACCACACCUCUUGCGCCACCACCUAAACCCGUUCGGAGAAGGUUAAAAUCAGAAGAUGAAUUGAGGCCAGAAGUCGAUGAACAUACUCAAAAGACUGGUGUCUUAGCUGCUGUUCUUGCCUCACAGCCAUCUAUUCCUCGAUCUGUGGGGAAAGAUAAGAAAGCUAUUCAGGCAUCAAUUAGACGCAAUAAGGAAACCAACACAGUUUUGGCCAGAUUGAAUAGUGAAUUGCAGCAACAAUUAAAGGAUGUUCUCGAGGAGAGAAUUUCCCUGGAAGUUCAACUGGAACAACUUCGACCAUUCUCUCACCUAUAAGCCAAUUGCCGUUAACUGUGAACAUACCCAUUUUUAAGCGGUUUUGGGUUCAAAGCCAAUUUGAGACCCAAACAUUCAAUUCACUGCUUAAUUCAACAUUAAAUUUUAUGGUUCUGUUUUGCCCUAUAUGUUCACCAUUGUAUUUAAGUACCUUUUAUUUUUUAAUUUCAACAAUAAAAGGGUCAGGAUGACUUUUCCUGGA